AUGGAGGACAUGUCCGAGUUCCGCAUCCUCUCCAACGACGCUUGGGCGGGCUUGGUUCAUCGCUCUCCCAAAAUGGAAAAGUCCGAGUUCAUGGGACUCAUUGGCCGCAACAAACGUCAAGCCGGGUGUGCGUGCGCGCGACAACAACAAAACUGCCCGCCAGGCCCAGCCGGACCACCCGGCACCCCAGGCCUCCCCGGAAAUGAUGGAGAACCCGGAAAGGCGGGCCGAGUUGGAGCUCCGGGCGUUGGUAUCAUUGGAAACGAUGUUGCUCCUGGUGGUUGCAUCAAGUGCCCUGCCGGCCCACGCGGCCCACCUGGACCUACUGGCCCUGCUGGACCGGUCGGUCAGCCCGGACAUCCCGGUCAAGCCGGACGCAAGGGACAAGAUGGACAUCCAGGACCCAACGGGCCCGCCGGCAACGCCGGACCAGCCGGUCAACCAGGCCAUCCCGGUGGUCCGGGACAACCGGGACGCCCAGGUCAACGCGGAAAAGGACUGCCAGGCCCGAAGGGACCGCGUGGCCAGCCCGGACAGCCCGGCCAUCCUGGUCAGCCCGGUCAACGAGGACCACUUGGACACCCAGGACCACAAGGACCCGUCGGACCUCGCGGUCAGCCAGGACAGCCCGGACAGGCCGGUCAUCCCGGACUUCCCGGUGGUCAAGGCCCCCACGGAAAGGAUGCCGCUUACUGCCCAUGCCCUCCACGUGCCGGUUCGGCGCCGGUCGCUGCGGCUCCACAGACCGCCUACAAUGCCGGUCCUGCGGUUGGCGCUCCGGCUUCCUAUCGUCGACGUGUCGCAGCUCGCCGUCAUGCCAAUCGGCCUGUCGCUGCGGCUCGUGUGGCCAAGGCGUGA